UAUCAAUCUUUCGGCGUUCUCUUCUCGAGGGAAAUAGAAAACAAAAAGUUCGCACAGAUUAUUGGCCGGAAAAUGCAGAGUGAUAAAGUAACCGGUGGAAGAACUUGACCCAGUUCUGCUACUAACCCAACGAACACGCAUCACCCUAACUUGGGUAACUUCGUAGCCGCCCAACUUGACCCACAACAGUCGCCACCGGAGAACAGAACCAACAGCUAUCGUGUUUCGCGUGCAUGUACCAUAACCGGGUCCGUUCAUCCGAGAGUGAUCUUUGCUAGCUCUUCUGCUCCUGCGAGGAAUAGAUAGGAGUUUGAUAGAGUGUAGUCGGCCCAAUCGCUUUCAUCGGUACUUAGUUUAGCGGAGAUCGCUGUUCGCCCUUACCGUGGGAGUAAGCAAAGUCAUCUUUCUGCAUAAUAUGUCUGAUCCCGCCAAUCCUACGAAGCGAUUAAGCCCCAUAGACGAGCUCAUAUCUCCCUCGGUGCGUGUGAUCCGCGAGGUGUAUGAAGGCGAAAAUGCACAUGAAAUGUUCCAGACCGAUCUCAAUACAGCGUUGGACAAAAAAAUCCGCUUCAUCAUCAUCGAACCGACCCGAUUAGGUGAGGAAACGGAACGAUGGAUUUCAGUAGGCAAUUGCUUACACAAGACGUCGCUAAUGAGCGGUGCAGCAUCGAUAGCGAUCGGUCUAGCAUGGAAAUCCGACAUAUUUUGCUAUUCGUUCUGCGCCGCAUCUGUGUUUUGCACUAGCCUAUACAGCAUUUGCUGGGCCUGCGAUCCGUGUGUAGAAUAUCAGGUUGAGCGAAAGCGAAAGAAUCUGAUGAAAAUUCCAAUCCCUGAAGGAGCUUCUACACCAGUAGUGCUGGUGCACACCGGUAACAGAUUGGUGAUGUUCAGCCAUCGGUUAGUGACCGUGCUCGCUACCUCGUUCUGUGCUUGGAAGUUAUACCAAGCAUUGAAGUAGGCAAGUAGACGAAUAGAAGACCCUCUGCCAAAAAGAAAAACAAAACCACACAAUCCAGCAUCCAUCGGAUUUCCUUGCCGGGCGGUACGGUUCGGUUUGGCCAUGUUUUUAGCUCAAUAUGUCCCACCCACACUGCCUCCUUUGCAGAACGACGAACCUCAAGACAUUAAACGAGAGAUACACAACCGCCGAAACCACCUCCUAAUCCAUUUUGCGUUUGUGUAGCAGGCAAUAGGUUUAACGGAAUAUCCUGCGUGCGAGUGCAACCAACGUAAAAUGGAGAUCGACACGUCGAUAGCAUUUGAGAGCUUCGGUGUAGUGUCGGCAUUUGAAGAUUUCCCGGACCCGUUAGUUUCGUCAGUCCGUUUACUUGAUUUGCAGCAUUUGCGACUUAUGAUUGUAGCGAAAGUGGCUCAGCACGAGAGAAUGAUGGGAAGUCCACUGUACAGGAGAAAAGAGACGGUUUUGUUAACUUUAUUUAUCGUUUGGACGAAACCCUGUUCCGGGUCUAAACUGUUGAUUUUUUUUUCCAAUGGCUGGCAUUUGAAAAUCAUUUAGGACUGUAGCGGCUGUGCUUGUUAAAUGUAAAAUUUAAAGACGCGCUCGAAUGUUCCAUCAAACGUAGGGUGGUGGGUGGGGAGUAUG